AGUACAAUCAAAGGCCCACUGACACAAUUUGAUCUCUUGACUUUUAUCUUUGCCUUUCUUAUCGUACUUUAUCAUCUUGGUCAUCUCCUCCGAAAUUACUAUUUAAGCUGGACCAAAUCUCCGAGAAAUCAAACGUUCUGGGUUUCUUCUGAAUACACUAAAGAUGCGUUGCUUGAUUCUCAUCACUCUUUUGGCCCUCGGCCACUCUGCUUUCGCUAAGAGCGUUAGCUCUCCACGUGCUUUCGAAGACAUCAUCAUCAACACCCUCGAAUGUGUUCGUGGUGAGAUGUUGGUUGGAUGGCCAGAUUUUGGAAUCCCCCAUUUGAACCCACUCAGAAUUGAAGACCACACCUUCAACUUUGCCGAUUUCGGACUUGAUGGUGUUACUGGUGAAUUGACCGUUACCGACUUAGUCUUCAGCGGAUUGAUUGAUUUCACUUAUGAUGGACUUAGUGGCACCAUUGGUUUAAUCCCACCAAGCUACACCGUCAAAAUCACUUUACGUUUCGCCAACCCAAUCCUUUCCACCAAUUACGUCAACGUUCUCAACUCCGAUACUAUCAACACUUGGGGAACUGGAACUUUGGACUUCUCAGCCCGCAACUUCCGUGCUGCCGUCGAUCUUAAAGCCACCAUCCUCGGUGGAAUUAAAUUGGAAUACUUCCACAUCAUCGUUGGUAUGGACCCACUUGAAAGCUUUGUUAUCACUGGUGUCCGUGACGAUGAAGCUUACAGCACUGAAGUUAGCGCCGAUAUCUUAGCCAACGGCGCCACCAUCAUUGAUGAGAACGCUGGCAGAAUCGAUGAAGUCGCUAGUGAAGUCGUUUUGGGACUGAUCAACGAAGGAGAUGGUGGUGAAGAAGAUGGUUUCAUCGGCGGAAUCAUCGACAGAUGUCUCGGCGGCCGUUAAAGAUCGCUUUUAAUGUCUACAGCUGUUGUUUGUAAUUUUUUUUAUUACAUGCACUUAGGCGAAUAAUAAAAUUAACGUUUUAAUAU